ACACUGAAGUGAGCGGCUUGUUGCUAACUAGCUGAAUCAUUUGGUAGCGGUUUCCACUUUUACCUCUGAUUGUACGUGUCUUGCUGUACAAUGGCGGCAAGAUAUGACAGAGCAAUUACUGUAUUUUCUCCUGAUGGUCAUCUCUUCCAAGUGGAGUAUGCACAGGAAGCUGUAAAGAAAGGUUCCACCGCGGUUGGAAUCAGAGGUAAAGACAUCGUUGUCCUCGGUGUGGAGAAGAAAUCUGUCGCAAAACUACAGGAGGAAAGGACAGUCCGCAAGAUAUGUGCGCUGGAUGAGCAUGUCUGCAUGGCAUUUGCAGGUCUGACAGCAGAUGCCCGUAUUGUGAUAAACAGAGCUCGUGUUGAGUGCCAGAGCCACAGGCUAACAGUUGAGGACCCAGUGACAGUGGAAUACAUCACACGCUACAUAGCUACACUGAAACAGCGCUACACUCAAAGCAACGGGCGCAGGCCAUUUGGCAUUUCUGCGUUAAUUGUUGGCUUUGACUACGAUGGAACCCCCAGGCUGUAUCAGACGGACCCUUCGGGAACCUACCACGCCUGGAAGGCAAAUGCAAUCGGCCGGAGCGCAAAAACCGUGAGAGAGUUCUUGGAGAAGAAUUACACAGAUGAAGCCAUUGCUGGGGACAAUGAGGCAAUCAAGUUGGCUAUCAAAGCUUUGCUUGAGGUGGUCCAGUCAGGAGGAAAAAAUAUUGAACUCGCUGUUAUCAGACGGAAUCAGCCACUGAAGAUUUUGGAAUCCAAGGAAAUUGAGACCCUGGUGGCUGAGAUCGAGAAGGAAAAGGAGGAGGAGGCAGAGAAGAAGAAGCAGAAAAAAUCCACUUGAAGCCAAUAACUGAGUUUUCUUUAUUGCACUUGGAUGACAACAAAAUAAUAUGUUUCAGAGGGUUUGCUCAUGUAUCUCAUUGUAAAGACCCGACUCACAACUCGAGAUUUGCUGAUGUUUGCUUAGACGUCUUUCAUACAUUUCUGAGUAAUGCUGCGACAGUUACAAAGAACAACACGUUCCUACACUUCCCACGAUUAAACAGGUUGAUGUACAAACACGAAUACGUCUCAAGUUAUGGUUUGGAUCUUAUAUAAUGCUUACAAGUGUUUAGUUUUGUUUUGUAUCAUUUACCAAACAGCCCUGAUCUCAAUGAAUCUCAAGUGUUGAAAUAAACUGUAUGUGGUUUUCCGGACCAUAAUGAACUAAAUAUUCAAUAAAAUUCGACUUGUUUGUACGGUUUUUACAGAAA